AUGUCGUCCGAAGUAAUCAAUCAGGUUGCCAUUCUUACAGCCAAGGCGGAAAAAUUUGACGAACUUGUUGCCGAAUUAGCCAGUAUUACCCGGAAGGUGCAAGAGAAUGAGCCUGAGACUACUGUAUACUAUGCCUUCUCCAUUGCGGACAAAAAUGAAGUCAUAGUCGUCGAAAGAUAUGAAAACCAGGAUGCAUUGGAAAGACACCGUGCUGCACCUUACUUCCAGGAACUCAUUAGGAAGGCCCCAACCCUAUUGGCGAAACCUUUGGAGCUCAAGUCCGGUAGACACUUGCUUCUAGAUUCUGCACAAGUCUUCCGCCUGUGA